AUGCAGCACCAGGAAUCGACGAGCCCUCCCGGGUGGGCGCAAACGCUAUUACAGCAGAUAGCACAGACCCAGGCUAUGCAGAACGAAGAAAGGGAGCGGCGUCACCAGCAAGAUGCUGCUCAAGAGGAGCGGAUGCGUCGCCUCGAGGCAAUGCUGGAGCAUCAGGCCUCACUAGCCAUAACGACAACCACGACGAACGAAGGGCAGGCGACACCUGCACGAUCAGCCACCGAAUCGGUGCCGGUUCCCCCACGAACAGAGAUUGUUCACCGACCGAAACCACGUCUCCCGGACCCAAAACCAUUCGGUGGAAGCACGAGCGAUUAG